AAUGCGAAAUUACAGAGUUCAACAAAAAAGGACGACAUCUUGUCAGAGUUGUCUCGUUAUUCAUUAGUUGAAAAAAGUUUUAUCAAAAAGACGCAAUUCAACGACGGUGGGAAGAAAAUAACUGCCUUUUCCGGUUUUUAGUCAUUACGUGACGUUGCGUGAUUACGUAUGCGGAAGCCACGGUCGGAGAGCGAGCGAUUGAGGAAAACUGGCGCUGGAGGCUGGAACGAGCAUCGCUACGUGUAAAUAUUGUAUUUUUACCGGUUACGGCACGACGGGGCGGCGGCGGAGGAGAGAGGGGCCCGGAGGAGAGAGCAACGCAACGUGAACGACGCCGAGAAAGAGGCGAGUAUGGCCGCAGACGGGAUCCGGGGACCGGGUGAGCUGCAAAUGGCCCCUUCUGUGAACCAGCAGCAGCAUGACAGCGGAACCGGCGACGAGCUGGUGAGCUCGGUGACUCUGUACCGGCGGAGGCCCCGGCUGCUGCACGGCACUGUCCUCCCGUUCCUGGCCGUCCUCUACCCGGGCUGGCUGUACGUGUGGUUGGGGGUGUACGGGGCUUCAGACUAUCCGGAGGCAGGCCUCCUAGCGCUGGCAGCCAUCGGGAUCGCGCACGUCCUCACUGCUCUCUCCGGUUAUUGGUCCGUGCACGCGCACUGCUUGCUCACUUGCUCCAAGGAACCAGACCCAAACAAGGCUACGCUGGCAAAGGUCAUACCCUGCCCCAACAACGGCUCUGCUGAGCUUGUGGCACUACAGAGGGACCAGGAUGAGAACGGGGAUGGGACCCUAUCUUUUGAGUUUCAAAAGAUCCGCUACAUGUUUGACCACAAAGAGAAGAAAUGCUUCCUUCCAAUAGCGUAUCCCAUCUGCCAGCCAAUGGGCCACUUCCAGUCCUGCCGUGGUUACCAGGAGGAGACCGAACUCAGAGCUGCGGAAAAGCGCUACAGCACCAAUCGUGCUGAGAUGGUAGUGCCAGACUUCCUGGAGCUCUUCAGAGAGAGGGCCACAGCUCCCUUCUUUGUUUUCCAGGUGUUCUGUGUGGGGCUUUGGUGUCUGGACGAGUACUGGUAUUACAGCGUUUUCACACUGUUCAUGCUGGUGGCGUUCGAGGCCUCCCUUGUCCAGCAGCAAAUGAGGAAUAUGUCUGAGAUCCGCCGCAUGGGAAACAAGCCCUACAUGAUCCAGGUAUAUCGCAACAGGAAGUGGAGACCUAUUUCAAGUGAUGAGCUUGUCCCUGGUGACAUCGUCUCAAUAGGACGAUCGCCCCAGGACAACUUGGUACCUUGUGAUGUGCUGCUGCUCAGGGGUCGCUGCAUUGUGGAUGAGGCCAUGCUGACUGGAGAGUCUGUGCCUCAGAUGAAGGAGCCAGUAGAGGACUUGGACCCAGAGCGAGUCCUGGACCUUCAGACAGACUCUCGACUCCACAUCAUCUCCGGUGGGACCAAAGUGGUCCAACAUAGCCCUCCUUUAAAGGCUAGUGCUGGACUCAAACCUGUAGACAAUGGCUGUGUGGCCUAUGUAUUGAGAACAGGGUUCUACACCUCUCAGGGUAAACUAUUACGAACCAUCCUCUUUGGUGUGAAGAGAGUGACGGCAAACAACAUGGAGACCUUCAUCUUCAUCCUCUUCCUUCUUGUGUUUGCCAUUGCUGCAGCUGUGUAUGUGUGGGUAGAAGGGACCAAAGAUCUCAGCAGGAAUCGCUACAAGCUGUUUCUGGAAUGCACGCUUAUCCUCACCUCAGUUGUUCCACCAGAACUCCCCAUAGAGCUCUCCCUGGCAGUUAACACAUCUCUUAUCGCUCUGGCUAAACUUUAUGUAUUCUGUACAGAGCCAUUCAGGAUACCAUUUGCAGGGAAAGUGGAGGUUUGCUGUUUUGACAAAACAGGAACACUGACCAGUGACAGUCUGGUGGUACGUGGAGUAGCAGGCCUUAGGGAAGGAAAGGAGGUGAUGCCUGUAUCUGAGAUCCCAGUUGAGACGCAUCGGGUGGUGGCCACCUGUCACUCACUGGUCACUCUGGAUGAUGGACAGCUGGUCGGAGAUCCACUAGAGAAGGCCAUGCUGACCGCUGCUGACUGGACCCUAACUAAAGAUGAAAAGGUGUUCCCACGAGGCAUCAAAACCCAGGGACUUAAGAUCCACCAGCGCUUCCACUUUGCCAGCGCUCUGAAGAGGAUGUCAGUUCUGGCCUCCUAUGAGAAAAUGGGCUCCACUGAACUCUCUUACAUCUCAGCUGUCAAAGGAGCUCCAGAGACACUCAGACCAAUGUUUUCAGAGUGUCCGGAGAGUUAUGACAAAGUCCACAGGGAAAUGUCCCAGGAAGGGGCCCGAGUGCUGGCCCUGGGUUAUAAAGAGAUAGGACACCUCAGUCAUCAGCAGGUCCGGGAGAUGAGUCGCGAAGCACUGGAGUGUGACCUGCAUUUUGUUGGGUUCAUGGUUGUGUCCUGCCCGCUCAAGAGUGACAGCAAGGCAGUAAUCAGAGAGAUCCAGGAAGCAUCUCAUCAUGUUGUGAUGAUCACAGGCGACAACCCUCUAACGGCGUGCCACGUAGCGAGAGAGCUUCACUUCAUUGAGAAAGAACACACUCUUAUAUUGCAGCCAAGCGUCGAUCAGAGUGAAUGGCAGUGGGAAUCCAUUGAUGGCAGCGUGCGUGUACCAGUGCCCCCUCCCUCCGUUUCCUCAUUCGUGCAACAGUUUGACUUGUGUGUAACAGGGGAGGGGCUGGCCAGACUGAGCUCUGACACUCGGCUACUCAACGCCCUCUUGCCUCACAUACAAGUGUUUGCUCGUGUCAGUCCAAAACAGAAAGAAUUCGUGAUCACCAGUCUUAAGGGGCUGGGUUAUAUAACACUGAUGUGCGGUGAUGGAACAAAUGAUGUCGGCGCUCUCAAACACGCCCACAUAGGUGUCGCUCUGUUAGCCAACGCCCCAGAGCGCAUGCCCGAAAAAAAGAAACGGGGGAGAGAGAAGGAGGUACCCGCAGCAGAAUCCAGACCUCUACCACCCGUCAGUUCAGUAGGCAAACUCACCUCCAGGGCAGCCAGGCAGAGGGUGAUGGCUCAGAGAGAAGAGCAGCUUGCUGCACAAAAGGAGAGGAUAAGUCAAGUCUUACGGGAACUUGAAGAGGAUCAGGUACAAGUAGUGAAGCUGGGUGAUGCCUCCAUCGCAGCCCCAUUCACCUCCAAGCUCUCAUCCAUACAGUGCAUCUGCCAUGUCAUAAAGCAGGGCCGUUGCACCCUGGUGACAACGCUCCAGAUGUUUAAAAUCCUUGCUCUCAAUGCCCUGGUGCUGGCCUACAGCCAGUCCGUACUCUACCUCGAGGGGGUCAAGUUCAGUGACUUUCAGGCGACCCUGCAGGGCCUGCUGUUGGCCGGAUGCUUCCUCUUCAUCUCUAGAUCAAAGCCACUGAAAACAUUGUCUCGAGAGCGGCCCUUACCAAACAUCUUCAAUCUUUAUACGGUGUUGACUGUGCUGCUGCAGUUUGCUGUUCACUUCUGUAGUCUGGUGUAUCUUUACAAAGAGGCACAAAGCAGAAGUCCGCCCAGAGCGGAGCAGUUUGCAGAUCUAUACAAAGAAUUUGAACCCAGUCUAAUCAACAGCACCGUGUAUAUAAUGUCCAUGGCCAUGCAGAUGGCCACCUUUGCCAUUAACUACAAGGGUCACCCCUUCAUGGAGUCUCUCACCGAGAAUCGACCACUUCUAUGGAGCAUCGCUCUGUCAGGAUUAGCAAUUGUGGGACUUCUCUCUGGUUCCUCGCCAGAAUUCAAUGAACAAUUUUCUCUUGUAGAUAUUCCAACUGACUUCAAAAUGAUCAUUGCCCAGGUUCUGGUGGUGGACUUUGCUGCCGCCCUGCUGGUGGACCGUGUCCUGGAGUACCUGCUGGGCAAAGGAACUCUCAGGCUGCCUUCUUGAACUUGUGCCAACAGCGACUGCUGCCCUUACCAACCAAACUGUAAAGGGAGACAAGACUUUGGAUGAAGAAAACAAGUGAAGCUGUUGUGACAAAACAGCCGAGACAGACAUGGCGAGCAGUAGUGUACACUCCACUCCUUCCCUCGUCCUACUCUACCUUUCCUCAACCAUCUGUGUUUCUUUAUUGUCUCUCUUUAGAUUCUCUAUCUGACUUCUUUAUAACUCUUUAUCUUUUUCUACAAUUCUUUAUCCCUCUCUUCAUCUGUCCCUCCCCACUGCUACGAGGACAUGAAGACAGCAGUAUUGAGUGGAGUGCGAGACUGUGUGCCAGCCAGAGUGAAAACACGGGCACACAAAUGGGCAUUCUCUAAGAGAAUUGCAGAAGUGUUUUUGAUUUUUUGAUUCCUCUCCUUGAUUUUGUAAAAAGUGAAAAACAUCUCUAACAGACUUAUAAAGACUUACAGAUACAAA